AUGGCCACCACCGCCGCGACCGCCGCCACCGCCACAACACCCGCGGCCACCGCCGCCCCCACUGCCGACGGGGGCGCCUCCGCCACAGCGCGCGCCGAAACGCGUUUUUCAUUUUUAGAAUCCGUUGUUUUGAGAAUGGAUUCAAUGCUCGCGAAUCCGGACACGACUCCGGCCGCGUCGGUGUCGCUCGCGUGCUGUCAAUCGCUGUGCGAUCUGCUGAAGGAGUUGCCGCUCCCGCAGCCGCUGCUCUCCGUCUCCGACCAGUGCUUGAGUGCGCGCAACAACAAUGUCUGUCACAACCUCUCGCUUCUGGACUCACAGCUCGAGAGCGCGCUCUUCGACGCCAAACACCAAUUGGCGGAACUCGUGUUCAACGACGCCGUCGUCGCGAGCGUCGUGUCGGUGACGCCUCUGUCGCCACUCGCGACGCAGCUGUCGCUGAAGGGACUGUUCUUCGGCGGACUGUUCUUCGGCGUCCAAAACAACUGUUGGCCACAACUCGAGACCUCUUUGGAGACAAUCGAGCCGUCGAUCAGAACUCAAUUGGAAUUAACGGAGAAUUUGAAACUCAUUAACGAAUUGCAGAACGACUGCAACGACGCCGACGGCAAGUACUUCCACAACAAUGAGGACGACUCGUACUCGUCGUUAGGCGAGAGAGUGAAGAGUCGUCAGCGACAACACGCGUCGUCCGCGCAGUCGCCGCUCAUGCCGUCGGUUGUCGUCUCUCCGGAACCGCCGCCAGUGGUGGAGCCGCCGCCCGCGCGACCCGAACGGCCGCCGAAGACCAAAGCGGACAAAACGCCAACAAAAAGCCAUAAUUCGCACAAAAGUCGAAACCAUUCGACGAAUAGUAACAAUAAAUACGAAUCGAAAGACAUUUCUCUGGAUCUGCAAAACAAAGACAGUUUAGUGUCGUUUGAAUACAUCAUAAACAAAGUGAUGAGUGAUUGUGUGGACGACACCGACGACGACGACGACGACAACUCCGACGACGAUCGCGACGUCAGGAACGACCGCAAGAACGACAUGUCGUUCGAUCUGCGCAUAGAUCUGAAAGAGUUGAACGCUUUGAUGUCGUUGUCGUCCAAACUGAAGCACUCGAACCGCAUGAACGACUUGGAGCACAAGCUGUCGUCCAAGUUGUCGUCCUUUCUGUCGCUCCUGACCAACAAAAUGACGGUUUGGUUCUCGAAGUUCAAAGAGACGGAAGAGCUGACGACAAGUGACGACACGUACCAGUCGUCGGACGACAACCACUUCUGGCAACUGCUCAUCAACGCGUCCAAAAUGUCGCUCAACAUCAUGACCUCGAAGGGCAUGUCUUCGCGCGUCGUGCUCUUCGAGGAGUUGUUGGAAAUCAUAAUCAACUUCUUGUCUCACAAUCUCAACUCGAAAACACACGUGACGUCGAAGUCGCCCUCCAAGUCGAAGAAGGCGUCGUCGGUGACGACCACUGUGGCGACCAAACGCCAAGUGACGCACUGGACGGAACUGCUGGAGCUGUUGUGCGAAUACCUGCAGCGCAACCAAUCGCUCAACGACUCCAUCGUCCUCAUGUGCACGCGCAUCGCCAUGAACUCGCUGUUCCUCAACUCGACGGAAAUGCAAUUCAUUUCGACUCCCAUUUUGGCGCAAAUCUUCGCGCAAUACCCGAAACACCGCGCGUCCAUUCUGGAGGAGUUGUUGCAACAGUUCCACCGCAUUCCCGUCCAGAAACACCACCAGAAGCACGGGAUGAACGCCUUCACGCGCCUCCUCAUCCAACUCACGAACGCGCUGUUCACGUGCGGAGUGGACGCGCGCACGCGCAUCACGCGCGACGUUCUGGCCAAACAGCUGACGGAAUGCAUGCAAAUCAUGGCCGGCUUCCUCUCAUCCCUCACGAGGCGUUGUCUCUGCGCAGACGCGGACGCCAAGCAGUUCUUUUGGGAACUGAUUCAGGAUUUGCUGCAAAAUAUUUAUUCCCCGCAAAACAUCACCGCUCUCCUAUUGGUCCAAAUCCUCACCAAACUCCUCAUCACGUGUUUGACGCAGAACUCAAAGUCCACGCAAUUGGCGCAACGCCUGAAUGCCAUCGAAUUCUUGGCCGAAAUCUGUUCCACUUUCGCGCGCUUCUUCGCCCAGAAGGAGCAACUCAUUGAAGAGAGCGACAAAACGCUGCGCCAACUGUUGGGACGCGACGACGACGCGAGUGACGACAGCGACGACGACAAGACGCGACAGAUGUUGAAACUGUUGAACGAAUUCAUGAAUUAAACUUUUGGCCGAAAAGUGGAUUUUGAGUUCUCUUUGGAUGAAAGAAAAGCGAAUCCAAGAAAUAACAGCGACGAUGACAAGACGCGACAGAUGUUGAAACUGUUGAACGAAUUCAUGAAUUGUGAGAAACUUUUGGCCGAAAAGUGGAUUUUGAGUUCUCUUUGGAUGAAAGAAAAGCGAAUCCAAGAAAUCGAAACCCAAUUCCUCGCCAUUUUGAACGCCAAGUUCGCGGAGAGCGAGACCGAGAUCGACGUCACGAUCGCCGAACUCUUCAUCAAGUGUCUCGAGAUCUCGCAAUUCCAGACCAUUUCGCGCCUCUUCGACGCCUCCCUCUCCCACGUGACCUCCUCGCUCUCGCUCACCUCCAACACGACGCAGCGGUCGCGCGCCAUGAAGUCGUUGUCGCAGAUUCUGGUCAACUGUUCGCUGGAGAAGUCGACGCAACUGUUGGCGCGCUCCGACCUCCAGAUGGCGAUGCGGUCGGCGCUGCUGGACGCGUCCACUUCGGUGCGCGAGGCCACAGUGGACCUGAUUGGCCGCUUCGUCCUCCAAUCCAAGUCCAUGGAGUUGUGCGACAAGUACUGCGACCUGAUUGGCGAACGCAUUCUCGACACCGGCGUCUCUGUGCGCAAGCGCGUCAUCAAGAUCCUGAGGGACAUCUGCAUCGCGUUCCCCGAGUUCGCGAAGUGCGGCGAACUGCAGCUCAAGGUCAUAAAGCGCGUGAACGACGAGGGCGAGGGCAUCAGGAAGCUCGUGCUCGAGACUGUGCGCGACCUGUGGUUCCGGUCGCUGAACGACACGACGACGACGACGAGCGACGCCCAGACCGUCGUGUCGCACAAAGUGAUGUCGUUGUUGCACGUGAUUUCCGUGAUGUUGCAAAACGACGGUUCGAUCGACUCUUUGCACCAAUUGAUAGAACAGAUCGUCAAAAACGACUGCGAAUUGUCGUCCGCGCAGACAAUCGUCGACUUCGUGGUGGCGCGCGUGCUCACCGCAGCGGAACCGCCGCCCACGCACGGCGCGGCCAACCGCGCGCUCAUCAACCUGGCCGCCAUCCACCUCGUGGCCAUCUUCGCGCGCAUUUCGCCCCAAAUUCUGGUCAAACACUGCGACUCUCUGCAGUCGCUGCUCUCGCUCUCGUGCGACACCAUUGUUGACAUCCAUCUGCGCAACAAACUCAUCCAAUCGCUGGAACGCAUUCUGCAGCGCGUUUCCCAUCCCUCGCAACAGCUGAUGACGCGUCUGGAGGAAGACCUCACCAAACAGAUCCUGCAGUCCUCCGCGCUCAUCCUGCCCUCUAGCGUCAAGUGUCUCGCCGUCGUCAUCGCCUUUCACACCAAGAACUUCAAACUCUCCACAGAUCUGUUCCACAAGUUCAAGCAAUACAUGCUGGCGUCACGUGACCCGCAGAACAAGCCCCGCCUCCUGCGCUCCAUCUACUCGCUCGGCCUCUUCGUCAAGCACUUCGCCAAACACUUCGACAGCCAAUCAAAGCAACUCAUUCUCGACCACAUCCUCGCGCUCAUCCAAUCACAGGUGGACGACGGCCUCAGCGACAGUGACGUCAUCGUGCGCUGCGUGACGUCACUCGGCUUCAUCAUCGAAUCGGAUCCCAAGAUCUGUUUGCAGCGCCGCGUCAUUGAACUCUACCUGCGGCUGCUGGCGGAGGGCGCGGGCGACUGCUUCUGCGCACAAGUGCUCACGAACUUCCGCAACUACCUGAACGAGUCGCUGGACGAGGACGAGCGCGUCAACAAAGCCAUCGAGUGGUCACGUGAGUCCCUCAAGACCAUGACGUCGGAGGACUGCGACUCCAACUCGACGCAGUCGCAGAUCAUCCAGACCUACUUGACGCCCAUUCUCGACAAGUCCAUCUCCGCGUCUGCGCACAUCCGCCGCGUGGCCUGCAACGUCGUGCACGUGAUCCACUCGGGCGGUCACGUGCAUCCGCUCCAACUCGUGCCGCACCUCAUCGCCAUGACGACGGACGACGACCGCGACAUCCGGUCGCGCGCCGACCACGUGCUGCACGAGAUCGAGCGCAAGUUCCACGGCUUCGUGGCGAUGAAGGCGCGCGCCGGCAUUCUUCUGGCCACAGAGUUGUGCGCGAGAGUCAAGUGUCGCGGUUAUCGCCUCCUCGACGACAACUCGGGAGACGUGACGUCACGGUUGGCCACUUUGUAUCACGUGGUCUGCACUAACCGCCAAUCGAGACGCGGAUUCGUUCAGCAAUUGUUGCGUAACUUUGAGGUGACGUCGAGUCCGACGACGACCACUGACGACACUGCGGUCUACGAGUCGUCCGCAACGACAGAGACGACACACGACGACCAGAGCACGACUUCGGACGACCAGAGCAUUCAAUUGGUGUUCGAAAUGCUGCUCUUCUUCCCGUUCACGGUUUGCGACGAAAUUAUGUAUAUUUUGCAACAAUUGGAAUGCAUUCAAAGCGUGAACUCAACGCAUACUUCGCAACUCUUCACCGAAUUGUUCGGUUUCGAGUCCGAGGAACAAAUGGACGACAAGUUUGACGACAAUUACGACACGUUUGCCAACGAUUUGCGCGAAAACGAGACGACAAUCGUUUGCAGACAACAAGUGCUGAAACAGAUCCAAAGAAGUCUUCGGCGCGUGUUUUUGGUUUCGAUUUUGCGAAAACUGUUGAAAGAAUUCUAUUUAAUAAAAGACGAGAAGAUUUUGGAAUAUUCGCCGAACGAACCAAAAGUGUGGGAAAAACCCAUUCACAGGCGACAGAUCGAGAGUUCAAACCUGUGCGAAACGCUUUCCUUAGCGAGUCCUGCGCUGGGCGUCGAGCCGAAGAUCGACGACCUGUUGGAAGAGUUGAAACGCUUCAAAUCCGUGUCGUUGACCUCCAAUGACCCCAAUAUCUCGAACGCGCUCAUCAACCAGAAACUGUUCCAAAUCAAGAAACGCGUCGAAAGCCAAUCAAAAGCGUUCACAAUCGAAGCCAAUCACAGAACGACGCAAAUGGACGACGAGUUGAACGAAAGCGAGAGAAAGCGAUUGUUGGACUCGAUUCGCAAGACGUCGUGUCACGUGAAGCUCAUCGACAUCUCGUUGACGCCACAGACGACCGCAGCGACGACGGAGCGCACGGAGAGCGUCGCCAAACGGAAGGAUAGGAAAAGUCCCAAAAAAGAGAAGCGAAAGAGGAUUCGCGUGGAAGACGACACGAGUGACGACCAGACGACGGACGACGACAACCACUACGACAGAGACGACACCGACGACGACGACAGACAUUAAUGCAUUAUUAGACAACAUUUUGUACAAAAACUCGUAAAAUAUUUGUAAAAAUUAAAUUAUUAAUUAAUUAUAACUUUAUUUCAAAUAAAAGUUUUUAAUUUUAUUA